UUUUGCAUAUUCAUUCCGCCGCUAUCUACCGAACCGCAAACACUACUAGAGUCAACCAAAUUUUAUUGCGUGCCAUUUUUCAAGUAAAAUCGGUCAAAAAUCGUGCUUGUUAACAAAUCAUUUACUUCUCUUUGUGUUUUUUUUUUGUUCAACAAGUUUUUUUUAUUCGAACAGUUUUACUGCUGACUAUCAAUAUCCACGAUUUAAAGCUAAUCGCAUUUAUAGAUAUGGAUCAACAAAACGCUGAUAUCAUGAAAAAUUGCGAAGAAUUAACGGAAAAAGUUGAGAGAGCGACACAGAAGCUAAUCGACACCGUUGGGACAGAUGUGGCAAAAAGCGAAGAAUUCAUAAAACAUGCUGAAAAUUAUUUUAAUUUAGGGUGCAACGGGGCAUUCGCCGAUUACAAUCUUUUCAGAAAUUCGAAGGCGGUAGUUCCACCAAAGUCAGAUGAUUCCGGCACUGAAUCGACAAACGGUGACAAUAUCGAGGCAUCGACAAGUAAUCUAAAUGGUAGCAAUUCAAGUGGUAAUCGAAAAUCGACAUCGUCACAAACCGUUAAGCCAUCGACGUUAUCACAAACCGCUAUACCAUCGACGUCAUCAAAUAACACGGAACAAAGGUCAACGCGAUCUCGAAAAAAAACCGAAAGUUACAAACAAGAAUUAUCAUUCGAACAAAAACCAAAACCAAAACCAGCAAGAACAAGAAACAGUAUCGAUGCCAAGCGACCAAACACCAAGGAUGCGGUGGCGGCAAACGACAAAGGGUUAAAGACAUCACAUAUUUGUAAAUUUUGUCCUAAUCACACUAGUUUUAGUGUCGAAGAUUUUAUUAAACACUUGAAAGAAUUUCAUAAAUUCUACAACGUCAACAAAGACAAUUACCACGAAUACUUAAAAGAAAAUUAAAAUGCAUUAGCUUUAAGCAACGAUCUGAACAAAUUAUUCAAUGUUAAAUGACAAAAAUAGUAUUUUGACUACAAAUAAACCUGACAACUAAUAGAGAGA